AUGGCGAAAACAGAGGAACCUUUAUCCCCUCUCUAUCGCCCCGUCAAACCCAUCCCGUAUGAACUCGUCCAACACUGUAGCAUAUUCCUUGAAGAGAAGCUAUACACACAGGCCCUCAACCUUCUACUGAACAUACUGUCCCCCGGUGCUGUAUCUUCUACCCCAAUCUAUGUUCCAUCCCCUCAGCUGCUCGCAGUCGCAGCGACAUUUCUCGUACACCCCUCAACCACAACUCGAGCCAGGACAGCAGAGGAGGAGGAAGCGCCCAACGCGGCACUGCGACUGCUGCGACUCACCAAUACGCUUGUCGGCCCCACGUCUGCCAAGCUUACCGUUGCAUUCUCAUUCACACACUUCGAGUCCUCGCGGCAGGGCCGACGGCGGCACGUGGAAGCCGAAGGGAGCGCGCACGGCGAGGUCUCGCCUGAUGAUACGAAGCCAUUGAACAUCGACCUCGGCCAGUCGGCAUCCGUAUGGUCUCGCGCGGAAGAUUUCUGGCACGUCGUAGGAUGGGCGUUUAACUGCUCCAUCCUGCACCCGGAGCGGUGGGCGAGAUGGCAGAUUUGGCUGGAAUUUAUGUGCGAGGUUCUUGAGGACGACUGGAAUGAGCGGGAACGACAAAGCGCAAGCGCUGCGGACGACAUGGAGUGCCGGCGCAUUUUACAAGGUAGCUUGAUUUCGCGGUAUAUUGUCGAUGGGAGCGCUGGGCACGGGCGAAAUCGAAGGAUCCUGAGAGCCAUCUUCGCGGACGGCGGCUCGGCUGCCGUCAACGAAUUUCGCGAGGUGUUUCACAAGGAGCUGAAGCAGCUCAAGCGCGAAACCAAUGACAAUGUGAAAAAGCGGGAGGUUGAGGUCAAUAUCGACGAAGGCCAAUACGGCGACUAUCUGUCCAAGGGCGAGGACGAGUCCGACGCAACCGAUUCCCCAGUGACGGCAACGGCGACGGCGAAACGCCCAACCAGACAGUCCAAGCGCACCAGGCGAGCCAACACUCGCUCGACCAACGCAAAAGACACCGCCACUUUGGCUCCCGACACCGCGAUGACGGAUUCUCCCAGCGCAGUGCAGGCCCAUGUCGGCGUCUCUCUGCUGGGCGGACUCCAAUCGCUCGCCCUCCGCCAACGCCUCCUACACCUCCUCUCCGCCGUCGCCAAAGCCUCCCCAGACGCCUUCACCACCCUUGAUGAGCUCUAUCAUCUCUUUGUCGAGAAUAUCCGCCACCUCCCGCUCCCCAUCUUCCAAGCCUUCGUCAGCCCCUUCGUGCUCCCGCACUUCUCUGCCGCCGCGCAGACCACCCUCUGCGAGUUUCUGCUGUUUCGUAUGCGCGAGACCGCCGCCCCGGAGACAGACGAAGAGUACCUUGACCAAACCAAGUUGGAAACGUGCUUCCUGCCUUACGCGGCCAGCACGCCCAGCAUCGUCGAUAACGCCAAGAUCUCCAUCACGCUCGAGGCGCUGCUCCUUCUCCUCGCUGAAAGCGACAUGCUGACCGUCACGCCGGCGCUGAAAGAGGCCGUGCAGCUGGGGAUCAUGGCGCGCGCGGAAAAGGCACAGAUCGAGACGCGGAAGAACCACAGUAGCCGGAAGAUGGAGGAUGUAGAAUGGUGUUGGCUGCUAGAGAGUGGGGAGCGGUUGAUGUUCUUGGUCGAUGAACUACUGGUGCAUAAGAGUGGCGAGGCGGGAGUAGCUGCGGAUUAA